UACUGAAGCCAGCUCUCCCAUUCUCCACCAUGCAAGCCUCUGCAUUGCUUCUGUGCCUGCUGCUCACAGUGGCUGCCUUCAGCAUCCGCAUACAGGCUCAGCCAGAUGGGAUCAAUUCACCCACAUGCUGCUAUGUCAAGAAACCAAAGAUCCCCACGAAGAAUCUGGAGAGCUACAAAAAGAUCACCAGUAGCCACUGUCCCUGGGAAGCUGUUAUCUUCAAGACCAAGAGGGGUAUGGAGCUCUGUACUGAUGCCCAACACCAGUGGGUCCAGGAUGCCAUGAAGUAUUUGGACAAGAAAACCCAAACUCCAAAGCCUUGAAGUCUCUCGUCUGAACAGAAACCCGGGAGACAAGAAACAAGAAAUCUGCCCCCUUGUCUUUUCUGAGAACUGUGAUGAGAUGGAUGGAUUCUGUCUCUAAGGGAUAGUUGCUGUCUGUAGGAAUG